AUGGCACCGCCCUUACGCAACACCUUGCUCCGGCAAGCAAACACCUGUCUCCGCCAAAACCGUCCAACAGCCACCGCCCGCCUAACCCGCACCACCUUCUUACAACGCCUCGCCUCCUCCCUCGCCGUGUUGGAGCAACGAGACGGCAAACUCAACAUGUCCUCGCUCGCCUCCAUUUCCGCCGCGCAGAAACUCGGCGGCAGCAUCCACGGCUUCGUAGCCGGCGGCAACAUCAAAGCCGUGGCAGACCAAGCCUCCAAAAUCGAAGGGCUGGAAAAGGUCAUCUUCGUCGACAACGAUGCCUACGAUCGCGGACUCGCGGAGAACUGGGCGCCCCUGUUGGUGGAGAAUAUCAAGAAGGGCGGCUACACGCACGUGCUCGCGGGCCACUCGGCGUUUGGCAAGAACUUGCUGCCCCGCGUGGCGGCUAUGCUCGACGUCCAGCAGAUCAGCGACAUCACCGAGAUACAGGGCGAGGAUACUUUCGUCCGUCCCAUCUACGCCGGCAACGCGCUCCUCACCGUCCAAUCCGCCGACAACCCUAAGCUCCUCACCGUGCGCGGCACCGCGUUCCCCUCAGGCAACGCAGAAGGCGGCAGCGCGAGUACAGAAGAGGGCGUGGACCCCAAAGCCGAAUGCCCGACAGAAUGGGUAUCCGAGAGCCUCGCCAAGUCGGACCGGCCAGAUCUCGCCUCUGCAGAGAAAGUGGUCUCCGGUGGACGUGGCUUGAAGUCUAAGGAGGAAUUCGACCGUCUCAUGCCACCUCUCGCCGACGCCAUAGGAGCCGCAAUAGGUGCAUCGCGUGCAGCAGUCGACUCCGGUUUCGCGGACAACUCGUUGCAGGUGGGCCAGACGGGCAAGAACGUCGCGCCACAGCUGUACCUCUGCGCGGGCAUCAGCGGUGCCAUCCAGCAUUUGGCUGGCAUGAAGGAUUCAAAGGUCAUUGCCGCAAUCAACAAAGACGCAGAUGCCCCAAUCUUCCAGGUAGCAGACGUGGGACUCGUGGGCGAUUUGUUUGACAAGGUGCCGGAGUUGACGGAGAAGCUGCAGAAG